AUGUGCUCACGCCAGGACAAGGAUCAGUGCCACAGCCAGGAACGCUACACCCGCCACACCAGCGGUGGCUGCCACGGGAGUGGUGGUGGCUGUCACAGCUCUGGUGGCAGCGGUGGCUGUCACAGCUCCGGUGGCGGCGGCUGCCAUAGCUCCGGUGGUGGCGGCGGUGGCUGCCACAGCUCCGGCGGCAGCGGUGGUGGCUGUCACAGCUCCAGUGGUGGUGGAUGCCACAGCUCCGGUGGUGGUGGAUGCCACAGCUCCGGCGGUGGUGGCUGCCACGGGAAGCCCCAGGUCCACUGCCAGCAGCAGCAGCAGCAGCAGGUCCACCAGCUGCCCUCGCAGAAGAUGAAGUGAUGGGGUGUCUCCAGCAGCAAAGGCCACGCACGGACCAGCUCCCUCUGGGCUCCCCAAAGCUUUGCAAGCCCCGGGGCUGCCCGGACGUGCACCUUCUCCUCAGCCCCCCAAGAAGCAACAC